AUGCUCUUUACCUCGGCGGGGGCUUGGAGGCGCGUGAAGGCGGAGGAGCCUGAGAAGCUGGAUCGCCCGAUGCGUUGUGCUUUGCUGGUGUGUCUUUUUGCUGAGCUCAAGAGUCGCAUGGAGAAGGUUGUCCUUGAUGAGGAGUGCAUGGGAGCGACAGCGAUGGCAGCUAUGGGAUGGCUUGCCGUUGGCCCGCCUGUGGUCUGGCACUUCAUGCGCUGGGAUGCUUCAAAGCAGCAGCAGGUCGUUGAUACUCACGGCCUCCUCUCAGUCAGGCUGAGGAAUUUUGUCACGGUGCGCUUCUACCCAACGAGACCGAUGGUUCAGGAGAUGAAAAGGCAGAAUCUUGUUCUCCUUUUGCAGACGGGGCAGCAUGGAGUUUGGUCGGCUGAGAUGCGAGAUGGCCUACGGCGCUUGUGCCACUACUCUGUGAUGCACCUUCUUGCGGCGCAGCUCAAGGAGGACAAACAUGCGCGAUCUGCGCUUGCCAAUGCCAUUGCGGAUUACCUGACUCGGCACUCGAACUCUUCCUAG